AUGGAUUCGAGCAAGUUCUCCACAUUCUUCGGAAACGUCCCAACAUUUACUAUACCAGGGCGCACGUUCCCCGUAGAAACCUUCUUCGCGAAGAAUGUCUGCGAAGAUUAUGUCGACGGUGCUGUUAAGCAGGCUCUUCAAAUCCACUUGCAACCUGAAGAAGGAGACAUACUGAUCUUCAUGCCGGGUCAAGAAGACAUCGAAGUUACUUGUGAGGUACUCACAGAGCGCUUAACAGAUUUAGACAGCGCACCUCCACUCACAGUCCUCCCAAUAUAUUCUCAACUGCCAGCUGAUCUGCAAGCUAAGAUCUUCCAGCGUGCACCACCCGGACAAAGAAAAUGCAUCGUGGCUACUAAUAUUGCAGAAACGUCAUUGACUGUGGACGGUAUAAUGUACGUGAUCGACUGUGGAUACUGCAAGCUGAAGGUUUACAACCCGAGGAUUGGUAUGGACGCACUGCAGAUAUACCCAGUGAGUCAGGCAAAUGCUCGUCAAAGAGCUGGCCGUGCCGGUCGUACGGGCCCAGGCAAAGCUUUCUGCCUCUACACUCAACGUCAGUACCAACACGAGUUACUGCCCUCAACGGUGCCUGAAAUACAGAGAACGAACCUUGCAAAUACUGUACUACUGCUAAAGUCUUUGGGUGUUGAAGAUCUGCUUGCUUUUCAUUUUAUGGAUCCUCCUCCACAGGAUACAAUUUUGAACUCGAUGUACCAAUUGUGGAUAUUGGGCGCUCUGGACGGGACAGGAGCUCUGACGUCUUUGGGUAGACAAAUGGCAGAGUUUCCGCUCGACCCACCGCAGUGUCACAUGCUCAUUGUAUCUGCUGAAAUGGGUUGUAGUGCUGAAGUUCUCAUUAUAGUGUCCAUGUUAUCAGUACCGUCCGUAUUUUACCGGCCCCAAGGACGGGAGGAAGAAGCCGACUCGGUCAAAGAGAAAUUCCAAGUACCGGAGUCAGAUCAUCUCACGUUGUUGCAUCUUUACAAUCAGUGGAAGUCUAACAAUUACUCGGGCCAGUGGUGCACGGAGCACUUCGUGCACGGCAAGGCGAUGCGCAAGGUGCGCGAGGUGCGCCAGCAGCUCAAGGACAUCAUGCAGGCGCAGCGCCUCCCUCUCGUCUCCGCCGGCACCGACUGGGACACCGUGCGGAAGUGCAUCUGCUCCGCAUACUUCCAGCAAGCUGCUAGACUAAAAGGUAUCGGUGAAUACGUGAACUGCCGGACUGGUAUGCCGUGUCAUCUUCACCCAACCUCUGCGCUGUUCGGACUUGGCAACUCGCCUGACUACGUCGUCUACCAUGAACUUAUGAUGACCACGAAGGAGUACAUGCAUUGCGUCACCGCUGUGGAUGGCAGGUGGCUCGCUGAACUGGGACCCAUGUUCUUUAGCGUUAAGGAGACGGGCAAAUCAAACCGUGACAAGCGUAAGGAAGCAGCCGUACAUCUACAACGCAUGGAAGAAGAAAUGAAAGAAGCCGAACAGAAGAUGGUAGAAGAACGCAAGAGAAAAGACGAAGAUGUUCCGAUCAAGCAAGAGAUCGCCACUCCAGGAUUAAGUACUCCACGACGGACUCCACAUAGACUUGGACUAUAA